UGCACAACUUGAGGCGGCGUGUCUUCAACCCACCUUUGGCUGGCCUCACUGUGGCAGCAGCAGCUUAGCUGUCUUCCCGGCCCUUGGUCCUUGUUGCCCACCACCCACUGUUCGUCUCCGUUCCCAAUUCGACCAAUUGACCGCUCCUCGUCUUCUCUUCCUCAACCCAUCCUCCACGCAUUCAAUUCGUUCAAUCCCCCCGCGCCGCUACCCUACUUCGUUCGACACAAGACUCAAGACACUAUGCAGGGUCUCCUUCUCUCUCUCGGCCUUCUGGCCUCCUCCGCUGUCAGCUUCGUCGCUGCCGCCGACCUCAAGAUCGACGUCACCCAGGAGGUCGAGUGCGACCGCAAGUCCAAGAAUGGCGACAAGCUCACCAUGCACUACCGUGGUACCUUGCAGUCCAAUGGCGAGCAGUUCGAUGCCAGCUACGACCGCGGAACCCCUUUCAGCUUCAAGAUUGGCAGCGGCCAAGUCAUUAAGGGAUGGGAGAAGGGUCUGCUGGACAUGUGCAUUGGCGAGAAGAGAACCCUGACCAUCCCCCCUGAGCUCGGAUACGGACCCCGCGGCAUGGGACCCAUUCCCGGCGGCUCGACCCUUGUUUUCGAGACCGAGCUGGUUGGCAUUGACGGCGUUCCCAAGCCCGAGAAGAUUAUCAUCAAGGCGUCCGAGGCUGCUGAGUCCGCCACCGAGGGCGUUGCCGAGAAGGUCGCCAGCAAGGUCGCUGAGGCCGCCGACGUCGUCAAGACCAUUGUCGCUGACUCCGACUCGGACGCCCAGGAGCACAACGAGCUCUAAACGGCUUUUCCUGUAUGGUGAUAAAGUGAGGAAUUUGCAUCCGGUAGAGAAAAGGCGAUCCACAUCUGGCUUGAUGCCAGCGCGCGAGCCAGAGCUGUACAAAAAGCAUUCUGAGGCGAACAUGGGUGGGUCAUGAGAAGCAUACGAUGAGAUGAUCUUGGGCGAGCAAUAUACACAGCAAUGCCAACUACCGCUACAUACGCGUGACAAUACCACUGCAUGCCGGAGA